CUCCUCGUGCUUGAAAGUUCUCUUUUGAUUAUUCCCCUUCGUUGUGGCCCAAUACCGCGUUGAGGUCUGGUAGUAGAGAGCUAACCAAAUCACCAAGUAAGGGGGAGUGUUACGGUCUACAGUGCAGAUCAUCCGCGAAGCCAAGAUGACCAAACGCAAAGGAAAAAGUACCAAUAAACAGGACGACAGUUUGCUGCUCUUGGAGACGCCAUCCGUAACACCACCGAGGGGAUUUAAAGAAUAUGCAGUCCCUGCCAUUGUUUUCUUUAUUUUCGCUGUCGGGGGAUCAACGGCAGUCUGGUUCUGCAGCCAGCAGCAGCAAACCAUCGACAGUCUAACAGAGACAGUCAAUGCAAUGCAACUUAGGAUAACCAAGUUCCAACAGCAGUUGGGAAUGGGUAAUGCACAGAUUGCCAAUUUGGGUGUUUUCGAAGAGCGCCUACAAGCACUGGAAGAAGCUUACACACAGGCCCAAAAAAAGGCAGACGUUGCACUGGCCACUUCAGAAAAAAUCAAAUCUACUGAUCUUCAAAAUCAAUUCUGGUCUCUUCAGUCUGAGAUGAAUGGCAAACUUUCUGAACUCCAGCAGGAAUCUGUAUCCACUGCAACAUUGAAUGCAGUGGUCAAAAAUAAGACUGAAGAGAUUGAAACACUGAAGCAGAGGCUUAAUUCUCUCCUUACUGCAAACUCUGAGGUAGCUGUUACCAUUUCUGGGCUCACAGACACUGUUUUGGUCACCAAAUCACGUCUUGACGAGCAGAUGUCCACUACAGAGGGUCUCACAUCUGAGUUGGCGGAACAAAGAAUGGAACUUUCAAGCCUGAAGGAAUCCUUUAUCAGCAACAAGAAGGCUCUUGAAAGAAACAGACAGGAGGUGAUGGGCAUCAAGGACCUCCUGGAGAUGGAACAGGCAAGAAGAUCCCAAGUUCUUGAGGAGCAGCUAAUGGCAGUCCGUAGGAGUCUGGAGGACCAUCAAAAGAGUACUCAUAGCCUUCACUCUCACCUUGCUGCCCAACUUGAGAUCGUCCAGAGUCAGAUGUUAUCUGAAAGCCAGCAGUCCAGUUCAGAGGAAAAUAUUCCAGUAGAAGAGCAGCAAGUGAAGCAAGCAGCAACUCAGGAGGAAGUUCCAAUCAAGGAUGAAGAAGGUGAAACAAAGGAACAAGCCAUUACUGAGGAGGAAACGGUAGAGGAGGUUCAUGAUGAACAACGGGAGCGAGUGGUACCUGAGGAGGAUGAGCCAGCUGAGGAUGUUCAGGUUCAUGGGGAAGAACCUGUUGAAAAGCAAGCCGAUGAGAAUAAAAUUCCUGAGGAAGCUGAAGUCAAAGACGAUGUUGCUGAAGAGCAAUCAGUAACUGAGGAGAAUGAACAAGCUGAUGAGGUUCCAUUCCACCAGGAUAUUAUUGGGGAAGCAUUAACUCAACAGGAUGAAAUGCCUGAGGAGCUACAGGUAUCUGACAAGGAAGUACCAGUUGAGGAGGUUCACGUCCUCGGGGAAGAAGAAUCUGUUGAGAACCAAGUAGUAACUGAGGAGGAUGUGAUAACUGAGGAAGUUGAGGUCAAUGAUGGAGAUGUUAUUGAAGAGCAAGUUGUAACUGAGGAGGAUGUGAUAACUGAGGAAGUUGAGGUCAACGAUGGAGAUGUUAUUGAGGAGCAAGCAGUAACUGAAGGGGAUGUGAUAACUGAGGAGGUUGAGGUCAACGAUGGAGAUGUUAUUGAGGAGCAAGCAGUAACUGAAGGGGAUGCGAUAUCUGAGGAAGUUCAGGUCAAUGAUGGAGAUGUUAUUGAAGAGCAAGUAGUAACUGAGGAGGAUGUGAUAACUGAGAAAGUUGAGGUCAACGAUGGAGAUAUUAUUGAAGAGCAAGCAGUAACUGAAGGGGAUGCAAUAUCUGAGGAAGUUCAGGUCAAUGAUGGAGAUGUUAUUGAAGAGCAAGUAGUAACUGAGAAGGAUGUGAUAACUGAGGAGGUUGAGGUCAAUGAUGAAGAUGUUAUUGAGGAGCAAGCAGUAACUGAAGGGGAUGCAAUAUCUGAGGAAGUUCAGGUCAACGAUGGAUAUGUUAUUGAAGAGCGAGCAGUAACUGAGGGGGAUGAAAUAACUGAGGAGAUUCCAGACCAAGAAGAAGAAGCUGUUCUUGACAAGGAAGACUCAACUUCCAUGGAAGAAACAGGAACUGACACAAGUGUGGCAGAGGCUGUUGAGAACUUCUCUGAAGAUCAGGUAGUUGAAGAUAUCAGUCAGGAGCAAACGUCGCAGGAGCCACUAGAAGAAACUGAGAAGCAGAAAGACUUAGAAGAAUUUGAAGAACACAUGCAAUACUCUGAAGAGGAAGAAGAAGAAGAACCUGCUGAGGAGAUUGUGGAAGAGCUAGAUGAAAAAUACAUUUCUACCAAUGGAAGUUAAGUUCCUGAGAGGAUGAUGGUUCAAAAUAAAAUACUUUUUCUGAGGACUUGAAAUGAUCCCUAAUGAGUUUUGUGAUGCAUAAUAUUUCACAUUUGUUGAAAUGUUCCUCAGUCUUACUUUGUAUACCUGAAAGUGAACUUUGAAGCUAGCAGUGAGUUUUUCAAAUUCAAUUAUGAAUUAGUUUUUCUAGUGAUGUCUCUUAAAAUCUUGAAGUGCUCUGUUUACAACGAAAUGUAGUAGAGUGUGUUGAUAUUGUUGUACUAGGUUACACAUUUAAAGAAUUGCAGUGUUUUUCAUACAGCAGUUUGACAGUUAACUAACCUCAGGAGUGUCACUUGAAUAAAACAGCUUUUUAUCUUUUUUACUA